UAUAUAAUUUUGUUGAUAUAUGAUUAUUUAAACCACUUGAUUUUGGUUGGAUUCCAAGAUAUUAACAUUGCAAAAAUCAACCCAUUGCUCCUGCUGAAACAGAAUCUUCAAAUCCGAUCGAACGGAAGGGUGAUUGAUUAGGGUUUUCAAAAUUUCAAAAAUUAAAAUCUAUAUUAUUAUAUGAUGGCGAAUCUGUAUGUCAAAGCGACGCCACCGGCCGAUCUGAAUAGAAACACUGAUUGGUUCACGUAUCCAGGUGUAUGGACCACCUAUAUACUCAUACUGUUCUUCUCCUGGCUUACCGUUCUCUCUGUUUUCGGUUGCUCUCCUGGCAUGGCCUGGACCAUAGUCAACCUCGUCCAUUUUCUCAUCACUUAUCACUUUUUUCAUUGGAAAAAAGGAACUCCCUUUGCUGAAGAUCAAGGGAUUUACAAUAGUUUGACUUGGUGGGAGCAGAUAGACAAUGGAAAGCAGCUUACUCGCAAUAGAAAGUUCCUCACUGUUGUUCCUGUGGUGCUGUACUUGAUUGCAUCACAUACCACUGACUACGAACAUCCAAUGCUCUUUUUCAACACCCUUGCAGUGGCUGUGCUUGUUAUUGCCAAGUUCCCUAAUAUGCACAAGGUCCGGAUUUUUGGAAUCAAUGCAGAUAAGUGAGUUGGUAGGGUGACAACGACAGUUUUACCUGCUUAAAAGCUACUGAUCUUUGUGUUCUGCACAAAUUUUACAUCACUGUAUAGAAGGCCACUGGGAUGAUAAUAUUUGAAUAUGUAAUGUCUUUGAACGAAGGAAUAAGUGUAAUCUGAGUUAUCCUGUACAGUAGAUAAUUUUUAUUUUGUGGAUGGUCAUUUAUUACAGUUCUGAUAUCCGCAUAUCACAUUCAAUAUUCUAUUA